AUGGGGAAGAAAGCUGUAGCCGCCGCCCAGCAAAGAUUAGCCAGUGAAUUAGCUAAUGCCACCGAAGAUACCAAAUUGGAGUUAGAAUUACAAAAGCAAGCACUGGAAGAAGCCAUGGCUGCAACGAAAUUAAAAAUAAGAAAGUUGUUGAGAAAAAAGAAAAACAUACCGAAGAAGUUGUUCGAUUGCCUGCCAUGGCUGAGGGGCAUCGUUCCGAACCACAAUCGGCAACUAAGACCCCCAUUUAAUUACAAUAUUCAUGUGAAGAAGCUUUGUGUCUGGGACAUUAGAAAGCUCUACGGGAUAGGCAGUUGUUCUAGCAAUAGUGCGGCGUUUAAAAUGAUCCUCCUGGCAAUUCAACGUUGCCCUAAGUUGGAAAAAAUAUCUCUCAAAGGUUGUGAGGAACGUGGUUCUUAUCUAAGGGGAAUGUUGUCCGUUCCUUCGUUACGGGCAUUAUGUUUGCCUUUACCGUACACCGAUUCAGUGUUCGACUUGCUUUGUGCACUUUCUAGGACAGCACACAAUUUAGAAACAAUUUCCAUUAUAUCUAAUGACAAAUUCAUCCUGGAAGAAUCGCUCGAACAUGAUUGUUUGCAACUACUUAUACAAUCUCAAAAUCGACUUAAGAAAAUUAAAAUGACAAAAGUUGAGAUUAAGCUGUGUUCGCUAUUCAAAUUAUUGGAGUCACAGUCAAAUUCUCUGGAAUCAAUUGUUUUGAAAGAGUGUAUUAUCCUUAAAGACGAUCCAGAUUUUAUGCCUGGAUCAAUUACAUUUCAUCGGUUGACAAACUUGUGCAUGUCUAAGUGUGAGCUUUCAAUCGGUAUGGUUAUUGUUCGGGCACACGUACCAAAUUUAAAACGAUUUGAUGUUAUCAGAUGUGAAGCGGAUUUUGGCUGGAAUGAGUCUUGGGCCAUUUUGUAG